GGCUGACGCCGAGCCCCCAGCCCGCGGUGUCGGCGGCGCGUCGGCCUCGGUGCGCCGCCGCGGCCCGGGAUCGUCGGCCGGGCGGGCCGGCACUGAACUGAGAAGAUGUCCCUGUAUGAUGACCUGGGAGUGGAGACCAGUGACUCAAAAACAGAAGGCUGGUCCAAAAACUUCAAACUCCUGCAGUCUCAGCUCCAGGUGAAGAAGGCAGCUCUCACUCAGGCCAAGAGCCAGAGGACAAAACAAAGUACAGUCCUUGCUCCAGUAAUUGACCUAAAGCGAGGCGGCUCUUCAGAUGAGCGGCAGAUCGUGGACACUCCACCGCACGUGGCUGCAGGCCUCAAGGACCCUGUUCCCAGCGGGUUUUCUGCAGGAGAAGUUUUGAUCCCCUUAGCUGAUGAAUAUGAUCCCAUGUUUCCUAACGAUUAUGAGAAAGUAGUGAAGCGCCAAAGAGAGGAGCGACAGAGGCAGCGGGAGCUGGAAAGACAGAAGGAAAUAGAAGAGAGAGCUAAGAGGCGUAAAGACAGACAUGAAGCUAGUGGGUUUUUCAGGCGACCCAAUCCAGAUUCUGAUGAGGAUGAAGAUUAUGAGCGAGAGAGGAGGAAAAGAAGUAUGGGCGGAGCUGCCAUUGCACCUCCCACGUCUCUUGUGGAGAAGGACAAAGAGUUACCCCGAGACUUCCCUUAUGAAGAGGAUUCACGACCUCGCUCACAGUCUUCCAAAGCUGCUAUCCCUCCCCCAGUGUACGAGGAACAAGACAGACCCCGAUCCCCAACCGGCCCUGGCAACUCCUUCCUCGCCAACAUGGGGGGCACGGUAGCACAUAAAAUCAUGCAGAAGUACGGCUUCCGGGAAGGCCAGGGUCUCGGGAAGCAUGAGCAGGGUCUGAGUACAGAGCUGUCGGUGGAGAAGACCAGCAAGCAGGGCGGCAAGAUCAUCGUGGGCGAUGCCACCGAGAAAGACGCAGCCAAGAAGUCAGAUUCAAAUCCAUUUACUGAAAUACUUAAGUGUCCUACCAAAGUGGUCCUACUCAGGAAUGGUGCAGGAGAGGUGGAUGAAGACUUGGAAGUAGAAACCAAGGAAGAGUGUGAGAAAUAUGGCAAAGUUGGAAAAUGUGUGAUAUUUGAAAUUCCUGGUGCCCCUGAUGAUGAAGCAGUACGAAUAUUUUUAGAAUUCGAGAGGGUAGAGUCAGCAAUUAAAGCUGUUGUUGAUCUGAAUGGGAGGUAUUUUGGUGGACGGGUGGUCAAAGCAUGUUUCUACAAUUUGGAUAAAUUCAGGGUCCUGGAUUUGGCAGAACAAGUUUGAUUUUAAAAACUAGAGCCUGAGUCAUCUCCAGCGGUCCUUCAGCGAGCUGCAGACUGAGCACAGGAGAGCAAGGCGUCAGGGGCCUUCAUGGCUGUGGGUGCAGAGACUCUGUAAGACUUCUAAGAUAUAUGUUGACUGAUCCCUGUUUUAUUUUGUGGUUUUUUAAUAUAGUAUA